AUGAGUUUCUUGCAGGGAAUCAUUGAUUCCUUUAACUCCAUCUUCCCCGAUAGCAAUUACAACAACACGAAUUCUCCACCUUCUUCAACGGAUCGAAUGGAAGCUUCUCCUCCUUCCGUUUCGAACGAGCGCGUAGCUUACAAGCUCAAAGGCUACUUCGAUUUGGCGACGCAGGAGAUCGCAAAAGCCGUUAAGGCUGAGGAAUGGGGUUUGAUCGACGACGCGCUUCUCCACUACAGGAACGCGCAAUCGAUCCUCCUCGAAGCUAGUUCAACACCGGUUCCUUCCUACAUCACUUCUAGUGAAAAGCAGAAGGUGCAAUCGUUUCGCGAGAAAAUAUCCAAAUGGCAGAGUCAAGUUUCUGAGAGAUUGCAGACUCUGACUAGACGAGCUGGUAGCUCAUCUGCCAAUCAGAGCACUGCUGCAGCACCAAUUAAGCCAUUGGGUACUAGAAAAAAUGUGUUACAAAAGCCCUCUCAGGCAGGUCAGGUGAAUAAAGUUGGAAGCCCAAAAUCGAGUCGAGCAUCUGGUGUAAAUUAUGAUAACAAACUUGUUGAAAUGAUUAACACUGCCAUAGUAGAUAGAAGUCCUUCUGUUAAAUGGGAAGAUGUUGCUGGGCUUGAAAAGGCAAAGCAAGCAUUAAUGGAGAUGGUUAUUUUGCCAACUAAGAGAAGAGACUUGUUUACGGGUCUUCGAAGGCCAGCCAGAGGCUUGCUUCUCUUUGGUCCACCUGGUAAUGGAAAAACUAUGCUUGCCAAAGCAGUGGCGUCAGAAUCACAAGCAACAUUUUUUAAUGUCACAGCAGCUUCCUUGACAUCAAAAUGGGUGGGUGAAGGUGAAAAGCUUGUCCGGACACUAUUCAUGGUAGCUAUAUCAAGACAGCCAUCUGUAAUUUUCAUUGAUGAGAUUGAUAGUAUAAUGUCAACAAGGUUGGCAAAUGAAAAUGAUGCCAGCAGACGAUUAAAAUCUGAAUUUCUUAUCCAGUUUGAUGGGGUGACCUCAAAUCCUGAUGAUAUUGUGAUUGUAAUUGGUGCGACAAAUAAGCCGCAAGAAUUGGAUGAUGCAGUUCUUAGGAGACUGGUAAAGAGAAUAUACGUACCUUUACCAGAUGAAAAUGUUCGAAAACUUCUGCUAAAACACAAGCUCAAGGGUCAAGCAUUCUCCUUACCUAGUAGAGAUCUAGAGAGGCUUGUAAAAGAGACAGAAGGAUAUUCUGGUAGUGAUCUGCAAGCCUUGUGUGAAGAAGCUGCAAUGAUGCCAAUUAGAGAGUUGGGUCCUGGGAUUCUUACUGUAAGAGGACUGAGGCACGAGGAUUUUAAGAAGGCAAUGGCUAUCAUCAGACCAAGCUUAAACAAAAGUAAGUGGGAAGAGCUUGAGCGCUGGAAUGAGGAAUUUGGCUCUAAUUGA